GGUUGUGGAGGAGGGAAGUCUGAUUAUGCCUUUAGCACUCAGCCAGAGACUGAGUCUGUAAGAAAGGUGGGAUCUGAACCAAACGAGAUGCCCCAGGGACACCAUUACCUAGAUGGCAACUUUGCUCGAGGGAAAGAAUACACCUCUCUUUCUGCAGAGCAGUCUGCAGGUAUUGGGAUUCUUCUUGUGGUUCUUGCAGCUUUACUGAUCAUUGGCUGUUGGUACUACAAAAGACGUAAUGGUUAUAUAAGCCUUCUGAGCAAGAAUUUUGGAGGGACCCCUAGGACCUCAGGAGGCAAAAGUGUCUUGUUGGGCUCUAAACUGCCCCUGCAGGAGUACAGCAGCAACUAUAACCAUGUGGUGCCUGAUGCCCCACCAGCCUAUGACAAGAUCUCUGCCAGACCACUGCUACCACCUUAUGCACCAUAAAGCAAGAACAAUUCAAUCAAGUGCUUGCAUAAUUCCAUAUACUAUAUUUAAUUUUUAGCCGUACCUCAGGAAAAAAAAGUAUGCUGUUAUGAAUGGAAUGUUAUGAAGCUAUUACUGCUUACAAAAAUGCAUCUGUUCCCAAUUGUAUGAGAUAUCUAGAAUGUUGAUGUCACAGCUUUUGUAGCUUCAUUCUAGUUGCCUGGGGUCAUUCAGCAUAAGAUAUACUAUGAGAUCUUUUAUUCCAGGAGUCCUACCAAUCAUAAUAAAUAUUGAAGAGCAAGAACCAUCGAUGAAAUCAAUUUUAAAAAUUCACAGAUGGAUUUAUUACUCUUUUGUUCUUUUUGCAUUUUUACUAAAAGAUGCAUUUUUCCUCUCUUUAAUCAAGACCUGCUUCUCUUCAAAUAGCGUGUCUAGAAAUGAAGCCUCUUGUGCUUCAAUUUCUCUGCUCUUGCUCUUGGCAAACAAGUUAGGCUGCCAGAAGCCUCUCCUUUCUCUGGAGUCCAGAACCAUUUUCCUACAAGCCAAAUUAGAAGCGAAGGCAGAAUAGCCCAUCUGAGAUCCUGCUUAAUUCAAAUAAAUGCACAUGCAUUGAUUUUAAAGUGUGUUGGUGGUGGGCCUCUAAGGAUGCUGAAACCCACUCUUGCAUUGUGAUCCAAAGCCAUCACGCCCUGGUUGUUCUUUUCCUGCUGAACAGUACAUCUGGUCUCUCAGCCCUAUUGGGAGAACAAAAAGCUGGGAAGAAGCAAUUUCAUUGAGAAAAUCUGGAUGGGGAAACUAAGUAGAUAAUUAAUUUUAUUACUUAUAGCCCACUCUACCACAACCACAAUCAGAGUGGCUUCCAACAGUGAUACACUCCUAAAAUAAAAUUAUAAACAAUUGAUCACAUUAAAAACAGUAAGGUAAAAACUCAAAAACAUAUAAUAAGCAGCUAAAAAGGGAAGUAAUAGCAAAAUUAAUCAAUGUUAUUGUUAUUAUAAAAUCAUAAUUUUUUUAAAAAAGGUAGUGUCUGCCAAAACAAUAGCCUUUCAGUUUUUAUCAGAAAGAGCAUAGAGAGGGUGCCAAACAAAAUUCAGUUGGAAAUAUUGAGCCUAAUGCUCCUCAAUUCAACUCCCAUCACUCCAGCCUCCUGCUUUUCCAGAAUUUGGUGGAGACCCGAUUCCAUCUAGACUUUAAUGCUUUACCCGUAGUUUGGCCCUGACCCUAUAGUCAGGUUCCAGUCACCUGGAUGCCUCUGUUUUUUAUCGGGACAGUUGCAAGGUGGUUAGAGGUGGGCAUAUCCAGCAUCCAGUCAUCUGUUGGCAUAAUGUGUAAGAGGACUGAAUGCCCCAAACAAUUUUUCCAUAGUGCUAUAUCAGACAGUGCAAUUUGCCUAGGAGAAACACAUCCUCCUUUCAUGUGAGUCAACACUGAAACAUUUUAUUUUCUUAAAAAAGCUAAGCAUAAUUAGCUUACGCCUGUGCAGGCUGAUGCAGUUUAUUACCCAUGAACAAGCUCUGCUGAGUUCAGUGAGGGGUUUACUCUAAAGCAAGCAGGUAGGAUGAUAGCCCAAGUUUCAGAGUCUGAGUUGCAAUUGCGAGAGAGGUAACUUAAUUGAAUCAGUGAGCAGCUUGGUUGGGAACCCCUGGCCCUAUGCAUGGGUCAGAUCUAGAUAUCCCUUUAAUAAAAACUAGUUUUGUAUACAACCCCCAGCUUAUUAAUUCUGGUACAUUUUCUCAGUUUGAUUUUCCAACUGUUGAACAUACUAAUAAGAAUGUUUGUGAUAAGAAUCAGGAAUGGGAAAAGGGUUAAAAUGGUUUUGAUGAAUUAAAGCAUUUGACUGUAACUGAAACAUAAAAACUAUUGGGCUGUAUUCAACACAGCACUAAGGCAAAUUUUCUGUCAACACAAGCAUUUCUCCUUGUGCAACAGAUUGCUGUCUUCCUCUCCUCCCCUGCACCCCUCCAAUCGGUACUAGGGGGAUUUGCUCAACUAUCUGGAGAUUUGGGGAUGGUGCAGAGUGCACGCAGGGGGAGGGGGGAAGUCCUAUUGCAAUAGAAGUAAUCCUUGUGCUAUUAUGUAGUUGACUAUCAACCACUGUUAAUCAGAUUCCAUUUUUGAGUGGGUUAUGUUGUAUUUAUUAUUGUCAACACAGUAGUAAAUCUUUGCAGAUACCAGGGUGGCCUUUGAACAGUCCUCAAUUAUUAUUAUUUUUAAAAAGGAACCGUCUAGCCCAACAAUGAUUACUAAAUUUGUGCUCAGGUAGAAGACCUUAAUCAAUCAAAUCAUACCAUGUACAUGAUAAAAUACUGGUAACUGGUCACAGCCAUUACCAGAAGCAGCUGAGUUAAUAGGCAGUGUGCUAAGCUGAAGUGGGGCAAGAGAUAAUGCAUUUUGUGAACAUUUUGACUCCAGCAAAUCACAACCAACUCUUUUAGGCAGUAUCAGCCUGAUUGCCUUGGCAAUUGGCCUGUUCCUCUUGCCACCUCCUUCAACAUGAAGUAAUGGAAGGGCUGUUUGCCCUCAGCAGGAUCACCAAGUGGCAUCAUGAAGUUAUCACAUCUACUAUAACAUGCUGACGUUUUGCAAGGGAGCAGUAAGGAAAUCCUUUUUAGUUAAAAGAGAAAAGCACCAAAGCAACAGAUAGGGAAAACAAUGGUUGUAAACCUAUGCAAAAAAUAUGUGAACAGUGAAAGGUAAGGGUUUUCCAAUGGACCAUUUCACUGCCCCCCAACAACUCAUGUAAAAAAAAAAAGGCACAUGACUAGUUGGAGCAGCACUAGCUAACAUGGAUUUGGCUGUGGACCUCUAGUUUUGUGACAGCAGUAUUGCUCUCACGGAACUGCCCUUCCACUAAUGUCCUCCAAAGAUUAAGGCAAGCACUUCCGAGUUUCUUCUUUUCCACGAACCAGUGAAUGGAGAGUUGAGAGCUAGAGCCUUUCUAGAGAUCUGUUUUAUUGUACAUUCAUGAUGGUUUGUGCUCAUUAUGCUUUCAGGGAAGUAAUACACAGUCCUGCUUUUAAUAUUGUUUGCUCCUGCAAAGGUUUUGGGGCAGUCAUGCUGCUUCAUUUCCAAAUCAGUGCACUGAUUUUAUAACCUAUAAAUUAUAACCUAUAAUUUUUCAUACCACAAAUGUUCUGGAUUUUGGCCUGCUUUUGUUUACACUAUAGCUUUUCCACACAGCAAUAAUGUGGUAACACUGGGGAAGCAUUGCAGAGCAACUAACAAAGCAGAAUGGUGUGCAGAUGGUCCACUAUAAAUCCACCACUAGUGUGCUAUUAUUUUGAUAAGAACAUGUUGCAAAACAUAUCUGAAAAACAAACAAACAAAAACAGUCUGGAGGCCUCCCCACUAGACUUAGAUAUUAAUGUAGGCCAUUCUUCAUAAUAUGGAUUGAAGUCCCACUGCUGGGGGUGGGCUCUAAAUAUCACAGUUUUAAGGAACUAUAGUACAGAAGUGUUCUGGGGACAAAACACUACAAUCCUAAACAUUCUCUAGAAUUCUUAAUCUUUCAUUUUGUUCAAUAAAAUCAUUAUUUAGUGACAGCCCUACCACAACAUAAACAUCUCUCCUAAUUACAAUGCUACUAUCACUAGACCAAAAGGAAAACCAAUCUAUUGCUCAUUGCCUAUUAUGGAGUAUGAAGUAAGAAAUAAAGUAAAAACAGCUAGAGGAAAACUUCUUAGAACAGCCUAGUUGAA